UUGAAAGGCAUUGUAGAGGAGAAGUCCUAAGCGUUGGAUUAGGACAUAAAUUUAUCUAACAAGCUUUUACUUUUUUUUUCAGUAAAUAACAACGUGAAUAAUGGUUUACAAUUCAAAACGCUUACGAUUAAUUUUAUAUUUAUUUAUCACUGUAUUACCGUUUUACUACAUUAUAAGUAUCAACUUGUAUGCCAAAAAACCCGCAUUAGAAAUAUUGUAUCAAAAUGACUCUACAGAAUUUAUGGACAUCAAUUUAACUACAUUAAAAUAUUACAUUGAAGAACAAGUAAACGAAAACUACUUAAUCAGAACUCCUGGGUGCACAAUACCAGACUAUUCUAAAACGUAUAAAAUAGUAGAAGCAAAAUAUGACAAAGCAAGAAGUACAUGCGGAACCCGAGCAGUACUUAUUGAGAAAAUAUCUAAUGAAGAAAUCGUAUUUUUGAUCGACGAAAAGAAAAUGAAGCCUUACACGAAGGGGAAAAAAUAUUCCUGUUGUUAUCAGUUUGGUUAUCCGGCUAUCGUGUCUGGAGAAGAAGACUAUACGCAAGUGAGAUAUACAAACUGUACAAAUUUUAAACAUAAAACCAAGGGCGAAUUAAAAACUGAACUCAUAACCGUUACCUGUGCACUAGACUCAUCAAAAAAACGUGCAAUUUAUGAAGAUGCAUAUAUAAUACUCAAGAAGUUAAACAAAGAGCCCACCGAGGAGCAGAAAACAAAAAAGCCUUGGAACGUUUUAGUACUGGGAUUGGAUACGGUAUCGAGAGCGCGAGUUUACAGUAGCUUGCCGAAAACUCUAAAAUAUAUGUUAACAAACAAUUGGUUAGACUUCCGAGCUUACCAAAAGGUGGGCUACAAUACAUUUCCAAAUGUGGUAUCUUUAUUAACGGGCGCGAAACUGUCCACUAUAUACAGAACCUGUUCGCCAGGUAUGGAUCAAUGCAACCAUCUGAUGAUGUGGACGGAUUUUAAAAAUAAUGGUUUCAAAACAGCCACUGGGGAGGAAGAUCUGCAACUUCCAGACACAUUCGCUAAACUGGGAUACAAGUCUUCACCUACUGACCAUUACAUGCGACCGCUUUUUGUGACAGGUGAAAAAAGGCGCGGCAACAUUAUAUGUACCAAAAUGAAGCCAUCCGGAAAGAACAUCAUCGAUUACGCAUCUACUUUCGCAGAAACUUAUAAGGAUGAGAACUUUUUUGGAUUUUUUUGGUCAAACUCUUACAGUCACAAUUUAGAAAACAUACUAACACUUAUUGAUAAUGACUUAGUAAACUUAUUUACAAAACUGAAUGAUACCGGCGUCUUGAACAAUACGUUUAUAUAUUUUUUAAGCGACCACGGUUUCAGAAGCAGUACUUUGAGAGUGCCAUAUGAAUCGUAUUACGACGAAAGACUGCCCAUGUUCUUUAUGUGGGUACCUACAGAGUUUCGUGAAAGUAGACCCCAAGAGUACAAUAAUUUAAAAAUCAACCAAAACAGAUUGAUAACACCAUACGACGUGUAUCUCACAUUCCAUCACACUAUAACAAUCAGUGAUUCUCAGCCAUUUCUGGAAAAAAAAUCGGAAGCCUGUCCAAAUUGUACGAGCAUUUUCAACAAUAUUAGCAUUGACAGAACAUGCGAAGACGCCGGCGUCGACGAGAAGUGGUGUUCCUGUCACGAGUUGGUCGAAAUCAGUCAAAAGAACAGUGACGUCAUACAAGCGACGAACUUAGCAGUAGCUAGAAUACAAGACAAAGUUAGCAAAGUGAAGACUACUCACUGUAUGAAAUGUGAAAUGUUAAAAUUGAAAAGCAUUCUACGAAGUCACACAUACCGUGACGAAUAUCGCAACAAUACUUAUUACGUUAUAGCGUUUGUUAUGUCUCCAGCAGACGUUGCAUACGAAAUUAAAGCUGUAAAGCAUAAUGAGACAUUUACGUUGUACUCGGAGAACACAAUAUCCGUCUAUAACGUCAGGGGCAGGUGUGCUAUUGUACAAAAUGAACGCGCCUACUGUGUGUGUUCGCCUAGUUGUAAAAGUCAUACCAACUAAAUAAAUUAUCGCCUAAGUAUUUAUUAAUAUAAAAAAACAUCAUUUUAUUUCCUUUCAAUCUACCUAUAUGAGUUUUCCUUUUUUUUGGAAACUUUUAACCGGCCGUAAUUUGUAAAAUUAUAAGGCAGCAUUUGUUUGCUUUAUUACGGAGGGUCGAGGAGAGCUUAAGUAAAUCUAAGUUUUUGGGAUCCUAACCCCUAAUAAUUAGCUGCUAUGUUCAAAAAAGGGGGAAAUCGUAUUUUCGCUCUAAUGACCAAAAUAUACAACUCACAAAAAAAAUAAGAAUACAGGCAAUACCUUUAAAGACAUGUUUUGUAUAAAAUUGAAUUAUCUGCAAUUUUAACUACUAUACGGCUUUGGAUAACGAGGACCUGGGUUCGAAUCCUGGGUCGGAUCAUUAAACAUUUACAGUUUUCUUUCUUCUAAGGUAAAUUUAGUAAUAAAUAUUAGCAUGGAGUUGGUAAAAGUUCGUGGUGUUACAUCCCGAUAAACCGACAGACCCGAUUAUUAUCAUUACUAUCUGAUAGAGAAUAGUUUACACAUAUCAAAUUUAAUAUAUCAUUAUCAACCCGUAUCCAGCUGACUGCUGAGCACGAAUCUCCUCUCAGAAUGAGAGUGGUUAGGCCAAUAGUCCACGCUGGGCCAAUGCGAAUUGGCAGACUUCACACACCUAGAGAAUUAAGAAAAUUAAUCAUCAUCAUCAUCAUCAUCAUCAUCAUCAUCAUCAUAUCAUCAUCAUCAUCAUCAUGUGUAUGCGGCAUAGACAGUUAAAAUAUAGUGUCAUUAGUAGUAGUAGUCAUUAUUAAAAUCUAUACAUAUUAUAAAUGCAAAAGGAAAUCUCUGUCUGAGACAUCUUCACGAGUAAGCCGAUU